AUGGCUUCCUUAAACCUCUCGAUAAAUGGCCCGUCCAUAAAGAGCAGCUACAAUGGCGUCGUCAACGGACCCCUGCCUUCAUCCGAUUCUCCCACCUAUGCUCACUGGGCCCUGUUCUCCGUCCAAGCCCCUCUCCUGAAUGCCUUCCAGGACAGCGGCGCCAAGGAGAGCAUCCUCAAGGUCCAAGGCACCGGCGACGGUGAGCUCGCUGACCUGAUUGAGGACUUCAGCGAGGGUCGCAUCCAGUUCGCAUUCGCCAAGGUCAAGGACCCCAACAGCGGUCUACCCAAGAGCAUCCUGAUCGCCUGGUGUGGAGGAGGCGUCCCCGAACGAACCAAGGGCUACUUCACCAGCCACCUGGCCGCCGUCUCCAAGGUCCUCCACGGAUACCACGUCCAGAUCACAGCUCGCUCCGAGAGCGAUCUCGAAAUCGACUCAAUCAUGCAAAAGGUGGCCGAUGCAUCCGGCGCCAAGUACUCGGCAGGAAGCUCUGGUGCACCUCGUGCCGCUGCUCCCCCGCCCGUCAAGUCGAAGCCCGUCUUCACCCCAACUACAUCGAGCCGUGUCAACCCCCUCGUCGCUGCUCGGUCCAGGAAGGAUGAGAACGUCGAUGCCGAUGGCUGGGGCGCUGAUGCUCCCCCUGUCACCAGGACUCAGCUUGAGAAGGUCGAGUCGGCUUAUAAGCCCACCAAGGUCAACAUGGCCCACCUCAGCCAGCAGCCUACAGCAACGACCAGUGGCGACGCCCCCGUGAAGAGGAAUGAGGCUGCCGCCGAUGUGGUCAAGGGCGGUUACCAACCGAUUGGCAAGGUCGAUAUCGCCGCUAUUCGUGCCCAGGCUCAAAAACAGGAGGACGACCGCCCGACUCCUGUGAAGGGAGCCUAUGAGCCCAUUGGAAAGGUUGACAUUGCCGCCAUCCGAGCCAAGGCGCAAAAGCCUGCUGCUGGAGAUGCAGAGGCCGAGGAACAAGAGUCGCGGCCGGUCUCUGAGCGCAUGGCUGCCUUUUCCCAGCCUGCCCAGUCUGAGCGUCUGACAUCGCUUCCCAAGCCCAAGGUCGCCAACAAGUUCGGAGGUGCCUCGAGCUUCUCGGGAACCAAGGCUCCCGCACCUGGUGGUCUGGGCUUCGGAGCGCCCGCUGCUCCCAAGGCUGCCCCUGUUGGUGCUGCCAGCCGUACAUUUGCGGACCAAGGAGGCAAGACCCCCGCUCAGCUUUGGGCCGAGCGAAAGGCCAAGGAGAGGGGAACUGAUGUCGCCAGCGUAACCGCCGCCGCCGUCAGUACACCACCCGUCCAGCCUCAGAAGAGUGGAAGCGAGUGGAAGAGCGGCUACAGUGGAAAGAGCUGGGCUCCCGUCCAGACUGGAGAUUACGGCCGUGGCAUCCCUGGACAAGUGAGCCAGGACAACACUGGUGAGGAUCAAGGCGAGGAGGGGCCAGGAUCUCCUUCAGGCGGUGUGUCUGCUCUGCGAGAUCGAUUCAAGGACACGGCUCCUAUCAGCGCCGGCACUCCCCCCGUGCAUCGUGCUGCAGAGGAAGAGGCCGCGCCGCCACCUAUCCCCGAUAACUCUCGACCAUCUGGCGGCUUUGCCCUUCCAGGUCUGCCCAGCCGACCUGCUCCUGCAGACGAGCAAGAAGACGAGCGAGAAGAUCCUUCGGCGUAUCAGACAGCUGCUGAGCGAGAACGAUCUCCCUCGCCUCCUCGUGUCGCUGUUCCUGUCAGCCGUGGGCCAGUGCCUCCUGUUGGAACUCCUCCUGAGCAACGUGCGCCUCCACCUGUCCCUCCCAGCCAGAUCGAUGUGCCCAAGGAGGAGGACCUGGCCAGUGACAAGGAGGUUUCUUCCACAGCCCGGAUUGCCGGCGGUGUGGCAGGUGGCAUUGCCGUUGGGGCUGUAGCCGGCGCCGGCGCUGUGGCUGCCGCGCACGCAUUGGAACGGGAGCCCUCACCAGAGCCCGAGCCUGAGCCUGAGCCCGUUCGUGCUCCCGCUCCUGCUCCUGUGGCCCCUGCACAGCCCGCUGAGGAGGCUCAGGGCGGCUAUCGUGCUGUGAUCCAGUACGACUACGAGAAGGCCGAGGACAACGAAAUUGAUCUGGUUGAGGGAGAGUAUGUGACAAACAUCGAGAUGGUGGAUGAUGAUUGGUGGAUGGGUACCAACUCUCGAGGCGAGAGCGGUCUCUUCCCUAGCAAUUACGUCGAGGUGGUGGAAGAUGACGAGCCGGCUGCUGCCGCACCACCUCCUCCCCCCGCCCCGGCGGCUGAGCCCGAGCCCGAGCCUCCGGCGCCUGCUGCCGCCGGACCCACGGCCACUGCGCUGUAUGAUUACGAGGCCGCGGAAGAUAACGAGCUGAGCUUCCCCGAGGACGCCACUAUUACCAACCUGGAGUUCCCCGACGAGGACUGGUGGUUCGGACACUAUGGUGGACAGGCAGGUCUCUUCCCCGCCAACUACGUGCAGCUUGACCAGUAA